GGUGUCAUCAAGUCAUAACCUAUUUUUUCUGUUUUGGAAGCCCUAUCAAAAUUUUCAGUGGAAUUCACAAUGAUAAAGCGUACCAUAUUCUAUUUAUUGGUUGUAAACUACUUGUUGUUCGCGCAAGAGCCUCCGCCCAAUGGUACAUACAAUGUUCCCAGCAAUUGCAAGUUCCCAUUUGGCUAUGAGCAACAGAUAAAUGUUAACGAUCUAGAUAAUCAUACUAACAAAGUACACUGUGUCGAGGGUAAAGAUUUGAAUGCCCUGGAGGGUAAAUGCCCAUUGGAUCCUACAAACGGAUCUUUAAUGAAGUACAAUGUCACUUACCAAAUGUUUCUUGAAAUGUUGAAAUACUGUACCGUUUGUGUCGCUAGGUUGUUCUAUAUUUCCCACAAAAUUUUAGUCCAAAAACGAGGAAAGAUCGAUAAAACCUAG